AAGUCGCGAGUUAGGGAAUAUCUACUAGGAAAGACGUGCAAAGAUCGUCUUUUUGAGUCUUUUCGAAAAUUGUCGAAAAUGCCAUUCCAUCAGUUCAGCCACUUUACUGGAAGACUAAGGCAAUCUAAUCAGUUGCUACCACUGUAUCCAAUUCCUCCAGUUCCUCUGCAGAGUUCAGAACCGCCACAAAUGAUGUUCGAGACCAUCAAAACGAAACCGGUCCAGGCUGCAGCUGCCGGAUCUGCCGGAUCUGCUGGAUCUGCCGCCAGCAAACUCAACGAUUUUGGGCCACAUGUUAGCCCCAAGAAUCGCGAAUUCAUGAGGAAGUUACAGUCGGAUUUGGAAGCGCCAGUAUUCUUAGCCAAGGGUCUUCCAGAUAAAAUUCUUUUUGGCAUAACUGUGGCUUUGGUUACCGUUGGUAUGAUCGAGUCCAUCCGGUUCAUUUAUUUGAGAGCCACCAAGAGGAUUUAAGCUCCUGGGAUUUAUAACUAUGUAGAUAAAUAAAUGAUUCAAUUUCGAUAGUUCCAUGUAACUGUGAGAAAAGUAAAUGAAAUAUAACUCUGUUUAU